AAUUUUCAUUUUAUCUUAAGAAAUUGCUCUUCCCUCUUCCGAAGGUUUCAUUUCCCAGGAAAGCUAGAAAAUUCAAUACUAUUAUUAACAUGCCCCCCCCCCUUCUAUAAAAAAGUUUUUUUUCCUUUUAUUACAAUUUUUGUUUAAUAUGUAGAUGUCUCCCAACCCGGCUUUCUCCGAUCGAUUAACUCAAGACUCUCUCCUGGAGCUUUCUCAGCUGUUCUUAUCUCGAGAUUGUACUUUUAUCUUCAAUCCUCUACUCCACACUAUAAACAAUAGAAUGAGAACUUAUUCUAAAAAACGAAAAGCGAUUGAUGAAACCGUUCAUAUCAAUGUUGAAGGUUUUAUUUCUGAUGAGAAGAGGAUCAAACUUGAACCAAUGCUGGUCGAAGAAGAUCCAUUACAGAUCUCUGAACAGUUCGGAGAUAAUUCUAAACCAAAUGUCUCUGAACUAGUGGAAGAUGAAAUAAGAACAAAAGCUCAAGAGUCGGCAAAAAAAGUUUCACAAAAACUCAAACGAUUUCAGAGAUACGUGGAUGUGAAAGGAGGAGCGCAAUCUUACCUGGACGCGAGGAUGUAUCUACCCAAACCAGUUCAAACAUUCAACAACAAACUUCUCAAUCUAGCUCAACAAGCGUUUCAGGGUCCUCAGAGUAACGAGUUGACGGCAUUUUUUAAGAUCAUCGAAACUUCAAUAUUCGGAGAUCUUACGGAACAGGAGAAGGAGAAGGAUAAUAGUUCUUGGGUCGAAGAAUGUAGAGCUUGUCAGAGAAGGUUUACUUCUCCGUCUCUGUGGGCCAACCAUCUCUAUGCGCAUACUUUUGAAAAAAAAUCUCGUUCCGAUGAGUUCCACCUGUGCACAAUCUGCGGGGGAGAAUUUAUCAAUAGAGAUGAAUUUGAUCUCCACCUGAAGGCUGAGGGUUGUAUAGGAUUUGGUAAAGUUGUAAAUCCUUGUCUUAUCUGUGGAAUGUAUUUAUCAGGAAAACUUGCGCAUAGAAAACAUCUAACAAUGCACUCCGAAACCUCUAAAUCUAAAUAAACUUGAUCUAAACUCAAUUUUAGAAUAAAUAAUUAAACGAUGUA